UGUGUGUUUCAUUCAUUGCAGUCUAUUGUUGGUUUCGCCAUUAUGCCUGGCUUCAUAAUGGAACGGUCAAAGAUUUCUCGCACUCGAUGGGAAGUCUUGAAGAUCCACAUCAUGAAACAACGCGAGAAGCAAAAGCAAGAGCAAGAGGCCGAUGCGGAGGAAGAACGUCGCAGGAAGGAGCGUGAGAUACAGCGCAAGGAAUCUGCCAUGUCUUUGGAAGAAACAAAAGACGAACUUCUGCGCCAAGAAUCGCGGCUUGCCGAAUUGAAGGAAGAAAAGCAUCAGUUAUUUCUGCAGUUGAAGAAAGUGUUGAACGAGGAAGUGACUCAAAGACGCCUUCAGUCGGAAAAGGAACAAAGCAGGGACAUUCCUCUGGGCCAACCCACGUACCUCGGAACUGGCGAACUUCAACUGACGUCUGUUUCCGCCGCCGGGCAAAUUCCCACGCAAUUCAUGCAUCAAAUCCCACACAACGUUUACAAAGUGGAAAAUUUGUCGCAGUCGGGCCACUCUGCCAUGCUUCCAAUUCAGCACGUGAACUCGCUGAAACGCCCAGCCCCGUCUCCAUCUCCACCAGCUCCGUCGCCGUCCGCCCCCGCGCCUCAUCAACAACCGCAAAACCUGUUGAGUUUAGGUCCUCCUCAUGCAAUGGUGAACCCGGGUUAUGUGUCCCAACCCAUAGUGAAGGCACCCGCUCGAGUUUCAGCUCCUUUGCCAAAGCAGAGUAUCCCACCGGCACCCGUCCAGCACCAGCCCUACAACUAUAAACCAGCUGCGCCGAUUUCCAUUUAUGGCGCACCAAGAUCGAUUGAGACAGCAGGCAGAUCGGCGUUCGUGCCAUCGACGAGUUCAUACUACCACCCUGCUCAGCAGGCGCCACCGCACAUUUCGUCGGCAUCUUCGGCAUCUUCUGCGGCUGUUGUGGUCCCAUCUGGCCCACCAGUGUCGUCGGUGUCGGGCGUCGCGCCACGAAGCAAUGCGGUAUCCGGAAUUUCGCACGGCGGCGCGAUAUACUCGUACCCAAUGCAGAUGCAGCACUUGGCCUCACCCAAGCCCGCCUACAACAUCCGACCGUCGACUGCAGUGUCGUCGUCUUCUUCCUUUCAGCCGCCUCAGCAACCGAUGGCUGCUAGACCAGUGUACGCGGGACAAGCACCAACGGCAAGAAUACAUUUCCCUCCGACGCAGCCAACGUCCACCAGGAUGCCUUCAUCGUCGUCGCAACAGCAGCCGAAUUUCCCGGAUUGGCCGUGGACCUACAACAAUCAGUUGAACGGAGUCGCCAUGAUGAUGUCCCAGUAUAAUGCCUACUGUCAGCAACAACGACACCAGAUGUCGUCGACGGCGACGGCGACAUCACCGGCGACGGCGAGUGUGUUGAUGUCGAGAACGAGAGGAGCUGGCGGGAGGCUGUGCUCGUGUGCUAUGACGGACUGUGGGUGUCGUGACGAGCAGGACUCGGAGGCAGAGGCUUUGGAGGCUAUAUAUGGAGAAGACUACGAGGACUGUCGACGGUCAGACGUGUGGAACGUCUGGCGUCCGUUGGAUGUGCGGCUCCGACUGCGGCCGUUGGUCGGCGACGGACUCGGCCAUCAGCAGCACGUUGGGGCGACGUUGCGAGUCCGCUGCGGCGUCAAAUAUCCUGGCGAGUCCCCUCAAGUAUCGAUAGAGGAUUCAAAGGGACUAUCGAAUCAGAAAGUGGACGAAUUAUUAUGUUCGUUGAUCGAUGCUGUGACGAAGCUCAAGGGCAAAGUGAUGAUAUACGACCUCGCCCAGGUUGUGAUGGAAUUUCUGGCAGAAAACAACAAAGCUCCGUCGGGUUCGUUCUACGAUGCCAUGAUGGCCCAGAAGGCGAAGGAAGAAGAAGCGAGGACCAAGUGUGAACAGGACCGGGAGAAACAGUCGAAGGAAAUUGAGGUUGGUGUUUGUUUGACUCUGGAAGAACAAGCCCGGAAAGAAGAGGCGUUGCGACGUAGUUCUCUGGUGAAUCGGGAAGAAAUUGCAGCUGUGGAAAGUCCAGCAAACGGUUGGCUUCGAGAAAAGACUACAGGUACGACUACUGUCAAUACUCUGACGUUCGGCUGGACCCGGCCCAAGGAAAAGCAGCGGCGAGACGGUCGUGACUGUGAUGACGAGGCGCAUCGCGGAACAACCACCGUCGAGUUGACAAAGGCCAAGCGACGGUUCCGACGGUCCCAUUGCAUCUCGCACGACGACGACGCCGUCCUCGACGGUGACACCACCAUUCACCCGCGUCGAUACCGAGUGUCGCACUUUAUCGCCAUUGACGAGGACACUGGGGAUCCCGCGUAUGUGACGCAAUGGGACUUGUCGUGCGGGAAGUCGAUGUUGAUGGACGACGAGUCGCAGGCGAUGAAGGAAUUGCACCGACUGAUGGGAGGUUUUGAGAAUGACGUGGUGCAGGCGACGCGGAUUCGCGACGCAAUUCGUCUUGUGCCAUUCCUCGGCACUGACGUGUGUCUCGUCAGUACGUCGUCGGCUACGAAAGCUUUGCGGAUCUCAACAAUUGAGGGCCUGGUGCCUGGAACCACGGCGGCGUGGCACAUAUCGCAGCACUGGCCCGCCGACUACGCCCAACUCCGCCAAUACGCCGUCGGCGUCCUGGAAGCCCUGGCCUACUUGCACGAGAACAACGUGGUGCAUCGAAACCUGCGCGACACGCACAUCCACGUGGACCGUCGUGGCCAGGUGCGUCUCAGCGGCUUUGUAGUGACGCACCGCGUGCACGAGCUGCUGGAAGAAUGCGUCGCCGCCUUGACGAAGCCGAUGCUGGACGCGGAUGUUCAUCGCGUCGGAGUGGUUCUCUUGUCGCUGAGAAUGGGUCGCAUCGUUUCGGCCACUUUUCCGGCGUUUCCAGAGGACCUCAACCCCGAUUUCCGUCAUUUCCUCGACAUGUGCAUGAAGAAGGACGAGAAGAGUAGGUGGACUGCUUCGGAGCUGCUGGAACACCCAUUUCUCAAGUCACCGUCUGCGUUGCCGUCGCUCGUGUCACUUGUCAGCAGAGCAGGAGAUUCAGUUUUGAAGCCGGAGCGAGACGAUAAAGACGUUCAAAAGGGCGUCUCUGGUGCGUUGCCCGUCGGAGGGGCGACGGAUCCCCGACUUCAAAAUGAUUUCCAAGUCCUUGGCGGCAUCGGAUCCGGCGGCUUUGGUCAGGUCAUCAAAGCGAGGAAUAAAAUCGACGGGAACCUGUAUGCCAUCAAGAUCAUAAAGCUGAACACGAAGAGCAAACACCUGAACCGGAAAGUGAGGAAAGAAGUGGAGCUGUUGUCUAAACUCAACCACGAGAAUGUCGUGAGGUACUACAAUUCAUGGAUCGAAGAGACGUACGUGGAACGAAAGCCUCGUUCGCGAGAGGAGAUCCAGACCGACGAAGAAACAUCAGCUUCCAGCUUAGCAUCGUCUUCUACCAAAUCAAAGUAUCCAAGUUUCAUUCUGCCUAUUUUCUUCUCUGAGAUAGUCGAGAAGGACGAGGACUCAUCCACUUCGGACGGCGGAGUCGUGUUCGAGGCCGAAGACGCCAACCACAACAACAACAACGAGAAGAACCACAAGGAAAACGGCAAAGAAGACUGUGUCAAUGGGACCUGGAAGAAACCACGAGGACCAGGUCCUUGCUUGGAGCAAUACCUGUACAUCCAGAUGGAAUUCUGCGACAAAAACACGCUCAGACACGCGAUCGAUGGUGGACUGUACUUGGACAUGCAGCGAGUUUGGCGGCUGUUUCGACAAGUUGUACUCGGUCUGGACCACAUCCAUCAACAAGGGAUGAUCCACAGGGAUCUGAAGCCCAUCAACGUGUUUCUCGAUCACCGUGAUAAUGUCAAGAUUGGUGACUUUGGCCUUGCCACUGUCAAUGCUGUCGCCGAAUCAGGUGCAGAAUUGCCACCCCGUCUGGCUCAAGUCGUGACGCCCAAUCCCGAGGGAUCCAGCGAGAACGGUAGCAAUAACAAUGACAUGACCAUGCACAUCGGCACCCACUUUUACGUGGCGCCGGAAGUGGCCGGCGGAGUCGGUCGUCGCGCGGGAGGUUCCGGUUAUGACCAGAAAGUGGACAUCUAUAGCCUCGGGAUCAUGUUUUUCGAGAUGUGUUCCCCGCCGCCGACGACGCAAGCGGAGAGGGCCAAGAUCCUCACGGACCUUCGCAACGAACGCAUUAUUUUGCCGGAUUGGUUCCAGUUUCCGAGUGUCGUGUCGCCGUCGCCAAUAGUUCUCAUUCGGAGGCUACUGAGCCAUUGUCCAAGUGAGCGGCCGUCUUCGAGCGAGCUGUUGAAGUCGAACCUUUUGCCACCGCCGCAGGUGGAAGAAGCGAGACUCAGAGAAAUGGUUGCAAGUGCUCUCAACGAUCCAACGUCGACUGCUUUCAAGGAUAUUGUCACACUUUGCUUCCAUCAGGAAAUGAACACUACUGCGAGGACCACGGCCGUGACGUUCGAGCUGGAGGACGCGACGAUGAGGCGACGCGGAAGCUCGACAGCGUCAGCAACAACGACGGCCUUGUCGUCGAGUGCCGUGAUGCAACAGGAACUCGCUGUUCGCGACUGGAUCCGCGACGUCCUCGUGAGCACGUUUCGUCUGCACGGGGCGUCGUCGUUGGGCGCCAUGCUCUUGGCGCCGCGCAUGGACUCGACGACGACGACGACGACGACGACGACGGCGGCGGCGACGUCCUCGUCUUCCUCGGUCGUGACCAUGAUGGACCGGGCCGGCGUCCUUGUCGAGUUGCCGCACGACUUGCGGACGCCGUUUGUACGCCACGUUGUGCGCCACGACAUGACGCGGCUGAAGCGCUACGUGCUGGGCAAGGUGUAUCGCAAGCAGAAGGUGUUUGGGGUGCAUCCCAGGGAGCUGGAAGAGUGUGACUUUGACAUCGUGUCUCCGCCGGGCCCUGAGCGCGCUGCACCGCGACCCGCUGGAGUCGCCCUCGCCGAGACGACGUUGGUGGAGGCGUUGACGAAUAUUGGGCUGAGUGACUCGACGGCCGAGAGCGUGUGCAACAUGCUCAGACCCGUGGAGCCCCAUCGACUCGACGUCCUGCUCAAGUCAUUCGGAAAUAACAAGGACGCCCUCAAGCUGGCCAAACUGGCCCUUUCCAGCAUUAAAACCGUCGUUUCUUAUGCCGAGGCCAUGGGAGUGAAAUUUCCUGUGACGGUGAUGCCGUCGAUGUUGCAACGGCGACAGGACUUUUCCGGCGUCAUGUUCCAGUUUUUGUGUCAGUCGUGGCCCGGGUCUGGAAAGGGGCCCAAGGCCAAGGCAGCAGCCGGGCAGCCAGCCUGGAGCAUCGUGGCGGCUGGUGGACGUUACACUGCGCUCAUUCACCGAAUGAGAUUGGCGUUUGAGCCGCUCAAGGGACCCAUUGUGGAGCCCGUCCCGGAUGGCGUUGGCGUCAGUAUUUCAGUGGACAAGUUGUUGUCGAUGGCUGGACCGCUUCCGGCACUGGCGCCGCGCGUGGCGCCCGCUGGUGUGGACGCCGUGAUCUGCGCGGUUGGAGGUAGCAGCAUCAGCAGCAGUAGUGGUAGUCAGCCGAACCGAUCCUCGGACGACGACGGCCUGCCGCGGAAAAUGCUCGAGGUUGCCUGUGGGCUCUGGGCCCAAGGGACCCGCGUGGACAUUCAUUACGACGUGACUAAAGAUUUGGAAGCGCUGCAACAGGCGUGUUUGGAACGUGGCGUCCCUUGUCUGUUGGUUCUCAAGAGAAACGAGGAGCCUGCUCUUCGCGUGAACAACGGCCGCAAGUACGUUGAGAAACGUGUCCAAGAGCCCAAAUCAAUCUACGACGCAGUCAACGAAGCCUUGUACAGCUGGAAUCAAAUGAGUGGAGGCGCCUCAGGAGUGGGAGGCGGCGGCGGAGGCGGAGGAGGAGGAACAAGCGGUGGUCCUUCAACUGCCGGCGGUGGAGACUCGUCAUAUCCGUACGCUGUGGCGUCGUCCUCUUUUCCGAGCUCAGUGUCUAUAGGACCUGGGAUUUCAGCGGGAGGAGGAGGAGGAGUGAGUGGUAUCACGAGCGGUAACGUGGGCACCAGCGAAGGGACCAGCUUUGGCUCCAAGGGCCGGUCUGAAAGCAUGUCCCGCGUCGGAGACGGUGGGAAUAAUCCGUCCUUGUCUGAAAGGAGCCACGCCGGCUCAAACCUCUCGAUUCACUUCAUCUUUGGCGACAAGAAGCCGAAGACCUUUGUGAAGAAGGUGGCUGAAAAUCAUAUUUCGGCGAAAAUUGCAUCUGUGCUGGAGAAGCUGAAUCCGCGGAUAAAGAACGUGCACUGCUUGGGCCUGGACCGGACGAGAGUCUGUGGUAUCACGAGCGGUAACGUGGGCACCAGCGAAGGGACCAGCUUUGGCUCCAAGGGCCGGUCUGAAAGCAUGUCCCGCGUCGGAGACGGUGGGAAUAAUCCGUCCUUGUCUGAAAGGAGCCACGCUGGCUCAAACCUCUCGAUUCACUUCAUCUUUGGCGACAAGAAGCCGAAGACCUUUGUGAAGAAGGUGGCUGAAAAUCAUGUGCGUGAGGAGGAGAAGAAGAAGAAAACGAACACACUUUUUCCCAUGAGUUUCUUCUAG